UCGGCCGAACUCGGCGGCGCCACGUCUGGCUCGGGGCUGUGCCGUUCCGGCGCUGCUCUCGUCUCUCCCUCAGCCGUCGGUUCCUGUGAGUCCUCGGCGGCGACGGUGGCUGCGACAUGUCGGACUUGGGGGACUGGUUCCGGAGCAUUCCGCUCAUCACCCGCUACUGGUUCGCCGGCUCCAUCGCGGUGCCGCUGAUCGGCAAGCUGGGUCUCGUCAGCCCCGUCUACCUCUUCCUUUGGCCCGACGCUUUCAUCAACCGCUUCCAGAUCUGGCGGCCAAUAACGGCAACUUUCUUCUUCCCAGUGGGACCUGGAACAGGUUUUCUCUACUUGGUGAAUUUGUAUUUCCUGUAUCAAUAUUCAUCACGUUUAGAAACAGGGGCUUUUGAUGGAAGACCUGCAGAUUACAUGUUCAUGCUUCUGUUUAACUGGAUCUGCAUUGUUAUAACUGGCUUGGCAAUGGACAUGCAGUUGCUGAUGAUUCCGCUCAUCAUGUCUGUUCUUUAUGUGUGGGCCCAGCUGAACAGAGACAUGAUUGUAUCGUUUUGGUUUGGAACAAGAUUUAAGGCCUGUUACCUUCCAUGGGUUAUUCUGGGAUUCAACUACAUCAUUGGAGGAUCAGUCAUCAAUGAGCUCAUAGGAAAUCUGGUUGGACACCUGUAUUUCUUCCUAAUGUUUAAAUAUCCAAUGGAUCUGGGAGGAAGGAAUUUUCUGUCCACACCUCAAUUCUUGUACCGCUGGCUGCCAAACAGGAGAGGAGGAGUGUCAGGGUUUGGUAUCCCACCUGCUAGCAUGAGAAGAGCUGCAGAAGAUCAGCAGGGUGGUGGAAGACACAACUGGGGUCAAGGUUUCCGGCUGGGUGACCAGUGAAAAAACUCCUCCUGCCCUUGGGAAACAGCAACUCUUUGGUUUUAUUUGCUUGUAGGAUUGAUCCUUCCUGGUGCAGAGCUUGCUAAAGAACUGAGCUCUCUGUAGUGCUGUGGGAUUUUACUGUUUUGAAACAAUUUUUCUGGUGCAAGAGAAAAUUAAGAAAAAUGUUCAGAAGGGAAAACAUAGAUCUUACUCCAGGCUAGCCAGUAGUGUCAGACUUGAUUCUGCCAUUAAAAAUAAGCUGCCUUUGUACAGUCUUGUCUGUCUGUCACAACAGGCUUCCAUUUUUGCCAUCUUGUUCUGUGCUGUGAUGGAAAAAUAUACUGAUGUUCUGUCUUGCCUGUUAAAAGCUUUGUUGGUCAAGAAUUCAGUGUAUGACAGAUGGAUCAAACUAACCCUAAUGUCUAGGAAGCUGAUUUUUUUUCCAUAGCUGUGCUUAAGUCCUGGGGUCUUUCGAAACAUUAAGUGAUAUUUUUGUGCUGCAUUCAUGAAGUAAAGUGCAAAUGUUUGUUUCCAUUA